GCGGCACGUGACUAGCUAUUUAGUUGUUCAUUCGUCUUUUGGCAAGCAUUUGUCAAAAAGAGCUUCGUCGACCAAUCUUGGUAAUACCACCCAAACAUCCCUUUUCUCACAGCAUUUUGACAAAACAUAUUUUGUCAAACAAAUCAACCUAAAAAUUCAAAACAGCAAAUCAUCUUGGGUUUCUAAUAUUAAGCUGAAAAUACGAGAUUAAAAAAUGAGUUCUAUUGGCACAGGAUAUGAUUUAUCCGCAUCACAAUUCUCCCCCGAUGGAAGAGUAUUCCAAGUGGAAUAUGCUAUGAAAGCCGUAGAGAAUAGUGGAACAGUUAUAGGUCUCAAGGGCACUGAUGGAAUUGUACUUGCCGCAGAAAAACUCAUCCUUUCCAAAUUGCAUGAACCUAAUACCAACAGAAGAAUUUACAAUGUCGAUAGAAACAUUGGCAUGGCAUUUUCUGGUCUGAUAGCAGAUGCUCGUCAGAUUGUGGAAAUAGCUAGAAAGGAAGCAGCAAACUACAGAGCACAGUAUGGCGUUAGCAUACCCUUGAAGUACUUAAAUGACCGUGUAAGUAUGUAUAUGCAUGCUUACACCUUAUAUAGUGCAGUCAGGCCUUAUGGAUGCAGUGUUAUCUUAGCUAGCUAUGAAGACAAAGAACCUAACAUGUAUCUGAUUGAUCCAUCUGGAGUCAGCUAUGGCUAUUAUGGAUGUGCUACUGGAAAAGCUAAGCAGUCUGCUAAGACUGAAAUUGAGAAACUUAAGCUUGGCCAGAUGACUUGCAGAGAACUUGCAAAAGAAGCUGCAAAAAUCAUCUAUACAGUACAUGAUGAGCUAAAAGAUAAGAACUUUGAAUUGGAGCUAUCUUGGGUAUGUCAGGAGAGUGAUGGAUAUCAUGUCAGAGUACCAGAUUCAGUGUAUGCUGAUGCAGAAAAAGCUGCAAAACAAGCCAUGGAAGCUGAUUCUGAAUCAGACACUGAAGAUAUGUAAGGUUUAUUGUUUUAGGUCACACUCUGAAUUGUAUUGCAUAAUUAAACAUUUUCUACUUAGAUUAGUUUCUGUAUUCCCUCAUGUCCUUAUGAAGACAGUAAUUUUUAAAGGUAUAUACUUAAAAACUUUAUUAGGGUAUGGGAUAGGUACAUGCUUUCUAUAAAAUAUUAUUUUACCUUGCCGGUUGUUAUGACUUAAUCAUUUUUAUUUAUAUUAACACAAAUUUUAUUUUGUAGAACAUUUCAAGUCUUAAAAUUUUUUGCAUUCCUGAAUUUUCCAUAUCCAUAAGUUAUGGAAUGAAUAAAUGGAACAUAAUACUGUAAAAAUAAUUAUUACAUAUUAUAUUACUUUAUAAACUACAUGUUCCUAAAAUACUCAUGUAAGGUACACUUAUCUUUAAAGUUGCC